CUGAAGCCCAGGUGGCAAUUUUUAUGGACAAACGCAUAAGUGAACUUUUUUACACAGUGCCUGUUUAUGGCAGGAUGAGUGUCAGAAGGCUAUAAUGGCAAAAAAGCAAGAUGCGAGAUCACCCAUUUACAACCUCAUCGUGGUGGGUUUGUCGGGAACGGAGAAGGAAAAGGGCCAAUGCGGGGUUGGCAAGUCCUGCCUGUGUAAUCGGUUUGUUCGGCCCAGUGCGGACGACUUUUAUCUGGACCACACAUCAGUGUUGAGCACUAGUGACUUUGGGGGUCGGGUGGUUAAUAAUGAUCACUUUCUGUUCUGGGGCGAGGUGUCCCGGGUCCUGGAGGAGGGGCCCGAGUGCAGGAUGCACGUCGUCGAGCAAACCGAGUUCAUUGACGACCAGACUUUCCAGCCACACCGUAGCACCGCUAUGCAGCCUUAUAUCAAACGGGCAGCUGGGACCAAGCUGGCCUCUGCCGAGAAGCUAAUGUACUUCUGUACGGAUCAGCUGGGUCUGGAGCAGGACUUCGAGCAAAAGCAAAUGCCGGAGGGCAAGCUGCAGGUCGACGGCUUCCUGCUUUGCGUCGAUGUGAGCCGGGGCAUGAAUCGUAACUUUGACGACCAGCUGAAAUUUAUCACAAACCUCUACGGUCAGCUCAGCAAGACGAAGAAGCCCAUCGUGCUGGUGCUCACCAAAUGCGACGAAGGAGUCGAACGCUACAUCAAGGAUGCUCACACGUUUGCUAUCACCAAGAAGAGUUUACCUGUCGUCGAGACGUCAGCCCGCUCGAACAUCAACGUGGACCUUGCGUUUCUCACUCUGGCUCAGCUCAUUGAUAAAAGCAGAGGCAAGCCCAAGAUCAUUCCUUAUUUUGAGGCUCUGAAGCUCCAGAGUCAACAGAUAGCAUCUGCUAAGGAUCGCUAUGAAUGGCUCAUUAACCGCAUAGUAAAGAAUCACAAUGAGACCUGGUUAAACACUAGUAGACGCAUGAACACCUCACCAGAGUACAAAGAGUAUGUCUUCUUGGAGGGAACGGCGAAAUGCAAAAAGCUUUUUCAACAGCACGUCUAUCGACUGAAGCAGGAACACAUUGAGAAGCGCCGCAAAAUAUACUUAAGCACUCUCCCUUUAGCACUUAGUUCUUUGGUGCCAGAUCUGGAUGAGAUAGAUCAACUGAGCUGGUCUGGAGUGCAGAAGGUGCUAGAGUCCAAACAACACUUUGCCCACUGGUUUGUUGUUCUGGAGGACUCUCCGUGGGAGGACACGUCUCACAUCGACAACAUGGAAGACGAGCGAAUCCCCUCCGAUCUGUUGGAGACGGCUGAAGCAGAGGACAUAUUUAACGCUCAUCUAGAGCAUUUGCGAAACGAGUGCAGACGGGCCGAGAUGAGACAGGAGUUCAAGCAGAAACUGGCCUCCUCCCCCUUCGUCACACCUGGUAAGCCUUGGGAGGAAGCGCGCAGCUUCAUCAUGAAUGAAGAGUUCUACCACUGGCUCGAGGAGACGGAAUACCUGGACCUUUACAACCGUCACCAGAAGGAGAUCAUCGACCGUGCCAAGGAAGAUUUCCAGGAGCUUUUGCUCGAGUAUUCUGAGCUUUUUUAUGAACUUGAGGUGGAUGCCAAGCCAAGUAAAGAGAAGAUGGGGGCAAUUCAGGAACUUCUGGGGGAGGAACAGAGGUUCAAGGCACUACAGAAACUUCCUGCUGAAAGAGAUGCGCUGGUUUUGAAGCAUAUCCACUUUGUUUAUCAUCCCACCAAGGAAACCUGCCCUAACAGUCCUCACUGUGGAGACUCAAAGAUUGAACAACUCCUUGUUUCCCGUUUCCCUUCCUGUUACCCCUUUUUUGAUGUAAAAGCUCAUUUUGGAGACACCAAGGCUGACAGAAUUAACCUGGUCAUACUAGGAAAAGAUGGCCUUGCCAGAGAAUUCGCCAAUGAGAUUAGGGCCCUCUGCACAAACGAUGACUGGUAUGUGUUAGAUGGGAAGAUGUAUGAGCUGACGCUGCGGCCUAUCGAGGGAAACGUGCGUCUCCCGGUAAACUCCUUCCACACCCAUACUUUCACCCCUCACGGAUGUCUUUGUCUUUAUAAUUCAAAAGAGUCCCUGUCCUACGUGGUGGAAAGCCUUGAGCGUCUUAGGGAAUCGACUAUAGGCCGAAGGGAUAGCCAGUUGGCACAGCUGCCAACAUCUCUGCUUUUAGUGACUAAAAGAGGUGUCGGAUCAUAUGUAGAUAUUGGUGGUGACACUGCCUUAAACCUAAUAACACAGGGCCAGCAGGUUGCAAGAAGACUACAGUGUAGCUUUUUAGACCCUGCCUCACCUGGCGUGGGCUACGGCCAUAAUGUGAACGAGACUCAAAUCAACCAGGUACUAAGGGGCCUUCUGGACAUUAGAAGGAGCACAUCUUUCAGUAGCAGUAGCUCCCCGCCUCUCCUCCCUGAGCCUACGGGCCUCAGAGAUUCCCCUCAGCAACCGGUCCAAGAGGCGGAUCUUCGUAUCGUCAUGUGCUUAAUGUGUGGAGACCACUACGAUGUAGAUCAGCUCCUGUCCCCUUUUCUAAUGCAUCAGCACUGCAGGCCCAUGUCUAAUAGCGGUACCUCUGUGUUGCUGGAGCAGACGGUUGGUGGACACAAGCUGGCCAUAGAGCUGUCACUACUGUCGUACCAUGCCUCCUUUACCCUGAGGAAGAGCAGGUUAGUUCACGGCUACAUUGCUGUGUACUCGGUCUCCCGAAAAGCCUCCCUGGAGACCCUGUGUGCGUUCUUGUGUGAGGUUCAGGACAUCAUCCCCAUUCAGCUGUUGGCAGUAGGUGAUAGCCAGGCCGAGCUCACUGACAGCGACUAUGCCUGUGAGCAGAUGAUCCAGGGGGAGGAGCUAGCGCACGAGAUCGAGGCUCGCUUCAAUAGUCUGGUGUGUGGAUCCGGGGGAGUGGUGGGUGGCCUGCACCGGAUCGAAAUGUUCCACUCGUUUCUGAUGGAGGUGGUGGAGAAACGCAACAUUGUGGAGGCCACACACAUGUAUGACAACGUCGCUGAGGCCUGCACCUAUGAAAACGUCUACUCCCCACGCUGCAGCUCUCCGAGCACCGUCACCAUGUUCCUGGAUUCGGAGGACGAUGUGGAGCCGUCUCCUCCAUACUACGACGGCACCCUUUCCUCUCAAAGCGGGGGCUUCAACCUGCCCGACUUGGAUUCUGCCGACAUCUCCGUCAUCUCUGACAUUAGAGACUUUGAGAACAAGCUCAAUAACAAGAUCCCCCCUCAAGUGAGAGUCAAACCAGGCGUCACGUUCGACUUCCGGAAGGUUAACCGUAGCCCAUACAUCGACACGCUAGGUCACCGUCGCUCCCUGCCCUCUGCUGUUACCUGGGUGCCCGGAGGGGACGUUGGUUACGACCCCUCAGACUACGCCGAGCCCAUCGACGCCGUCUCAAAGCCCCGCCCCAGCAACGAGGAGAUCAUCUACUCGGUUCCGCACGACAGCACGCAAGGCAAGAUCAUCACGAUACGCAACUCCAACCGGAUGCAUUCGAACGGAAACGGCUCGGACAGCGAGGCGGACAGCAGCUCUCUGGAGCGGAGGAGGAAGUUCUCAGCGGCCGGGGUGAAGCCCCGUUUGUACCGCGACCGCUCGAAGAGGCUCGGAAAGUUCAGCAGCUUCCGCACGAGCUUCAUCGGCAGCGACGACGAGAUGGGGGCGCUCCCAAAGUCCAAAGAGGAUGACUUCGGUACCUUGAAAGGGGACAGUCUUGUCAUCGAGGAGACUGAAGACCCAAAGAAGAGGAACAUUUUAAAGAGCCUUAGACGAACAGCCAAGAAAACAAGACCAAAGCCUCGUCCAGCUAUUCCCAAGCCCAUAGAGAGCAGUUACUUCGGGGUCCCUCUCGCAAAUUCGGUAUCUCCAGACAGACCUAUCCCACUCUUUAUUGAGAAGUGCGUCCGGUUUAUUGAGACAACAGGCCUGAACACGGAGGGUUUGUACCGCGUCAGUGGCAACAAGUCGGAGAUGGAAAGCAUGCAGAGGCAAUUCGAACAGGACCACGGAUUAGACCUGGUGGAGAAAGACUUCUCCAUAAACACUGUGGCUGGAGCCCUCAAAAGCUUCUUCUCUGAGCUGCCUGAGCCCCUGGUGCCUUGCGCUCUGCAGGUGGACCUACUGGACGCCUUAAAAAUGUUGAUGUUUGGUUAUGGAAUCUUAGUGGUAAUAACAGAAAAUGCUGUACGUUUAGAAAUCAACGACAGAGAACAGAGGCUGUACACGAUGAAGGAUGUCCUGAGGAGGUUCCCCAGGGAGAAUUAUGAUGUCUUCAAGGUGAGCCAGCUGCACCGGGUGAACCUGAUGACCAGCGAGAACCUGUCCAUCUGUUUCUGGCCCACCCUCAUGAGGCCCGACUUCUCCACCAUGGACGCGCUGACCGCCACGCGCACCUACCAGACAAUCAUCGAGAGCUUCAUCCACCAGUGCGCUUUCUUCUUCUACAACCAGCCCCUGCUGGACUCUCCCACCGGCCUGGGGGGGGGGGGGGCUCCCGGCCUCGCCCACCACCUCCACCCUGGGUGGGGGGGGGUCGGCCUACUCCUGCUACCGCUCCUCCCCCCCCCACAGCGCCGCCCACUUCAGCCCCCUGCAGCAGCAGUCCCCCCCCCACCACCCCCCAGUCCCCCCUGCAGUCCCUGCUGCCCCCCCUCCACCAGCACCCCCACCCCCACCCCCACCACCCCCCCGCCGAGCAGGAGACACUGUGAGAGACCGUGA